AUGGCCUAUAGAGGAGGUGGGCAUGGCCAGCCUCCCUCACUGAUGCCUUCCCAGCUUAUCCCUCCACGUCUUUCCGCCAACAGGAGCCCCACACAUAAUAUAUGCACGGUGUCGGACUUCUUCUACCCAAACGUGGGAGGUGUGGAAAGCCACAUUUACCAGCUCUCUCAGUGCCUCAUUGAGAGGGGGCACAAGGUCAUAAUUGUCACCCAUGCUUAUGGAAAUCGAAAGGGCAUCCGUUACCUCACCAAUGGCCUCAAAGUUUAUUACUUGCCUCUCAGAGUCAUGUACAACCAAUCUACAGCCACGACUCUCUUUCACAGUCUGCCAUUGCUCAGGUACAUAUUUGUUCGGGAGAGAGUUACAAUCGUCCAUUCUCACAGUUCUUUUUCUGUCAUGGCCCAUGAUGCUCUCUUCCAUGCUAAGACAAUGGGGCUUCAGACAGUCUUCACAGACCAUUCCCUUUUUGGAUUUGCUGAUGUCAGCUCGGUGCUUACAAACAAGCUUCUAACUGUGUCUCUUUGUGACACAAACCACAUCAUUUGUGUCUCCUACACAAGUAAGGAAAACACUGUACUAAGAGCAGCACUGAAUCCUGAAAGAGUGUCCGUCAUUCCUAAUGCUGUAGAUCCUACCGACUUUACCCCAGGACCACUUAAGAGAGAUGGCAGCGUAAUAACUAUUGCUGUCAUCAGCAGACUCAUUUACAGAAAAGGGAUCGAUCUGCUCAGUGGUAUAAUCCCUGAACUCUGUCAGAAAUAUCCUGAGCUAACUUUCUUAAUUGGAGGAGCGGGACCAAAGAGUAUCAUUUUGGAAGAAGUACGGGAAAGAUACCAACUACAUAACAGGGUGCAUCUUCUGGGAGCUUUAGAACACAAGGAUGUCAGAAAUGUCUUAAUUCAAGGACAUAUUUUUCUUAACACCUCCCUGACUGAAGCCUUCUGCAUGGCGAUACUAGAAGCCGCCAGCUGUGGUCUACAGGUCGUCAGCACGAAGGUUGGCGGGAUUCCUGAAGUCCUCCCAGAGAACCUUAUUAUUUUAUGUGAGCCUUCGAUCAAAUCUUUGUGUGAAGGGCUGGAAAAAGCUAUUUUCCAAGUGAAGUCGGGGACACUGCCAGCUCCAGAAAACAUCCACAAUGUAGUGAAGGCUUUCUACACCUGGCGGAACGUUGCAGAGAGAACCGAGAAGGUGUAUGAGAGGGUGGCGAAUGAAACUGCGCCGCCGAUGCACAAGAGGCUGAAAAGGCUCACCGCUCACUGUGGCCCGGUGACAGGCCACAUUUUUGCUUUGCUGGCUGUGUUCAGCUAUCUCUUCCUCAUGUUCCUGAGAUGGGUAACUCCUGAUUCUGUCAUUGAUGAGGCAAUAGAUGCCACUGGGCCAAAGGGAGCCUGGAUCCAUGACUAUCCUCAUCAUACAAAAGAUGACAUUGAUGAGGUAUCCGAUAGCAGGUAG